CCAUGGCCCGCACGAAGCAGACUGCGCGCAAGUCCACCGGCGGCAAGGCCCCGCGCAAGCAGCUGGCCACCAAGGCGGCCCGCAAGAGCGCGCCGGCCACGGGCGGCGUCAAGAAGCCGCACCGCUACCGGCCGGGCACGGUGGCGCUGCGCGAGAUCCGGCGCUACCAGAAGUCGACGGAGCUGCUGAUCCGCAAGCUGCCGUUCCAGCGGCUGGUGCGCGAGAUCGCGCAGGACUUCAAGACGGACCUGCGCUUCCAGAGCUCGGCCGUGAUGGCGCUGCAGGAGGCGAGCGAGGCGUACCUGGUGGGGCUGUUCGAGGACACGAACCUGUGCGCCAUCCACGCCAAGCGCGUCACCAUCAUGCCCAAGGACAUCCAGCUGGCGCGCCGCAUCCGCGGGGAGCGCGCCUGUGACGGCGUCCCGGAUCACGUUCUCCAGGAACACCUUGAGCACGCCGCGCGUCUCCUCGUAGAUGAGGCCGGAGAUGCGCUUGACUCCGCCGCGGCGAGCGAGGCGCCGGAUCGCCGGCUUGGUGAUGCCCUGGAUGUUGUCCCUCAGGACCUUGCGGUGGCGCUUGGCGCCGCCCUUCCCGAAGGUCUUCGCCUGGUCUCCCCGCUGCGGCUCCGGGUGGCUGAGAGGAAAGGCCUGGGCGGGGAGCCGGGGAGCCGGGGAGCCGGGGAGGCGCGCCUGGAGGCCAGGGUCGCAGGCCAAGCCCCGGUGCAGGAUCGAGCCCCACGCUCGGCGUCGCCGGCCACGGUCACUCAGGGCCUGGCCAGUGCGGCCCACGGCGGCCGGCGUCCUCAGUUACAGAAAUGGUUUAAACAAUUUAUGCCCCUAAGCAGGAUUGGAUUCCAACCAAUGGGAGCACAAAUUCAGAAACGCCUAAUUUUCUUGGCCCAAUCAAGACAACGUUGUGUCUAUAAAUACGAAUGCCCUAGUGUUUGUUCUCGGAAAGGCAUUAUGGCCCGCACGAAGCAGACUGCGCGCAAGUCGACCGGCGGCAAGGCCCCGCGCAAGCAGCUGGCCACCAAGGCGGCCCGCAAGAGCGCGCCGGCCACGGGCGGCGUCAAGAAGCCGCACCGCUACCGGCCGGGCACGGUGGCGCUGCGCGAGAUCCGGCGCUACCAGAAGUCGACGGAGCUGCUGAUCCGCAAGCUGCCGUUCCAGCGGCUGGUGCGCGAGAUCGCGCAGGACUUCAAGACGGACCUGCGCUUCCAGAGCUCGGCCGUGAUGGCGCUGCAGGAGGCGAGCGAGGCGUACCUGGUGGGGCUGUUCGAGGACACGAACCUGUGCGCCAUCCACGCCAAGCGCGUCACCAUCAUGCCCAAGGACAUCCAGCUGGCGCGCCGCAUCCGCGGAGAGCGCGCCUGAGCAGCGGGAGCUGAAAUCCAUCUAAAGGCUCUUUUCAGAGCCACCCACGUUCUUGCUAAAAGCAGCUGUUGCGCUGGGCGGCUUCCCCAC